AAUUCCUGGAAGCCCCUUUAUCCCCUUACCUGAAAGGGAUGGGACAGGCUGGGAACUUCCUGUUCCAUUUCCCUGGAGUCCUUCCACGGGCCGUCUCUUGUCCUGGAUCCUUCCAAGGAUCCCCCAACAUCUCGGCCUCAGGAGUCGGUACCCGGAGUGGUGUAGGAGGAGCUGAAGAAGGUAAGAGCGGCCCAAGUGUGGGAAUUGUGAAAGAUGAUGGCGGAAGCAGUCCCAGAUGCCCCGGAACAAGAGCAUUCCGGAGCCGUGAAGCUGGAGGAGGAUGAGGUUGGCGAGGAGGAUCCCAGGCGGGCGGAGUCCAGGCCUAGGCCUGAGGUGGCCCACCAGCUUUUCAGAUGUUUCCAGUAUCAGGAAGAUAUGGGGCCACGGGCAUCUCUGGGUCGGCUCCGGGAACUCUGCAACCACUGGCUGCGACCGGCUCUGCAUACCAAGAAGCAGAUCCUGGAGCUGCUGGUUCUGGAGCAGUUCCUGAGCGUCCUGCCCCCGCAUGUGCUGAGCCGACUGCAUGGCCAACCGCUCCGGAAUGGAGAGGAGAUGGUACAGCUGUUGGAGGGUGUGACACCCAGAGACAACAGCCAUACGGGGCCACUGGAUUUUAGCUUCAGUGCUGGCAAGAAUGCCCCUGUAGACGUCUCAGAGGAACAAAGUAGCCCUCCCCAGGUUCCCAGCCACAGCCCCCAGACGGAGUUGCCCUCAGAAGAGAUUCCAGCCCUGCAUCCAUUGAAUGAGUUAUCUCCAUCUCAGCCAGUGCCCACGAAGCCUGCCGAAUCGGAGGAGUGGAAACUUGCCCCAAGUUCAAAUUGGCCAAUGAGCCCAGAGCCCCAGGAGAUACUCCAGGACCCACAAGAAAGCAACCCCACGCAGGGCCCCUCAGGGCUUGAGGAUUCCAGAGACCAAGAGCUGGCAGCUGUGUUGGAAUCCCUCACCUUUGAGGAUACCUCAGAGAAGAGAGCUUGGCCUGCAAACCCUCUUGGAGUUGGAAGCAGAAUGCCGGGCAGCGAGGAACUCAAAGUUGAAGAACGGAAACCUGCCGCCGUCGGAGCAGAGUCCCAGACAGACAAACCUGGAGGUGCAGGAGAGCCUCUUACGCAGACUCUUGGGAAGGAAACAAGCAGACGUGAUUCGGGAGGUACCCCUGCUGACAGCGGUGAAGCUGUGGAGGUUAGGGGAACUACGGAUGCCUCAAAGCCUCAGGCGGAGGCGCAGUUCAUAUGUACAGCUUGUGGAGUGAACUUCUCACAGAUGUCCCAUCUACAGGCCCACCAGCUGCAAUCUCACCCCAGCUCUGAACCUCACCCAAGCUCUCGAUCCUUUCGGUGUCUGUGGUGCGGGAAGACUUUUGGACGCAGCUCCAUCCUCAAGCUGCACAUGCGCACGCACACAGACGAGCGACCCCACGCCUGCCAUCUCUGCAGCCACCGCUUCCGCCAGAGCUCACACCUGAGGAAGCACUUGCUAACGCAUUUCUCUGAGCCUACCUUCCGGUGCGCUGAGUGUAACCAGGGCUUCCGGCGUCGCUCCAGCCUCAUGCACCACCUGAUGGCACAUGCCCAGGAACAAAAUCCCACGCCAAACCCAGAAGGCAAGACAAAAGUGCCAGCGGUGGCAGCUGUCCUCUGUUCCCACUGCGGGCAGACCUUCCAGAGGCGCUCUAGCUUAAAGCGUCACCUGCGUAUCCAUGCCAAGGACAAGGACCAUCAUCAGUCCUCUGAAGACCCUGGCAACCUUAGCUCUCACCAGGAGAGUGAAUCCUAUGUGUGCAGUGACUGUGGCAAGGUUUUCCGACAAAGCGAGCACCUGAUAACCCACAGGCGAGUCCAUACCCGUGAACGGCCCUUCUCCUGCCAGGUCUGUGGCCGCUGCUUCACCCAAAAUUCUCAGCUGAUCAACCACCAGCAGGUGCACACAGGUGAGAAGCCCCACGCCUGUCCUCAGUGCAGCAAACGCUUUGUGAGACGGGCUGGCCUUGCUCGCCAUCUGUUGACCCACGGUGGCCUCCGGCCUUACCACUGUGCCCAGUGUGGCAAAAGCUUCUGCCAAAUGCGAGAUCUGACCCGCCACCUACGCUGCCACACAGGGGAGAAGCCCUGCCGAUGCAACGAAUGCGGAGAGGGGUUCAGCCAGAAUGCCCACCUGGCACGCCACCAACGCAUCCACACCGGGGAGAAGCCCCACGCCUGUGACACCUGUGGUCACCGCUUCCGUAACAGCUCCAACUUGGCCCGCCACCGCCGCAGUCACACUGGGGAACGGCCCUACAGCUGUCCAACCUGCGGCCGUAGUUUCCGGCGCAAUGCGCACCUGCAGCGCCACCUGGUCACACACACAGGGUCAAAGCAAGAAACGGAAGACCCCCAGGAGUGCCCUGAGUGUGGCAAGAGCUUCAAUCGCAGCUCCAACUUGCUGCGCCACCUGCUGCUUCACACAGGCGCAAGGCCUUACUCCUGUGUGCUGUGCGGCCGCGGCUUCAGCCGCAAUUCGCACCUGCUGCGCCACCUGCGAACCCACGCCCGGGAGACGCUGUACUAGCUCCACCCGUGUUCUGGCAGCCUGUCCCAUAUCGCUUCCCUGCAUGAAUAAGAUUCCCUAUGGUGUUCCUUCACACAUACCUUCUCCCGGUUCCUCCACGUUUGGCCUCCCCACUGUUUACCUCUUCCCCUGACUCCAGAAAUUUGUUUUUAGAGUUUAUAAGUAAAGCUGUCUUCUCAAAGU